AUGGCAGGCGACUCUUGCUCCUCCCCCGUGGUGACAGCGACCGCCGUCACCACCACGGCAUCCUUUGUUUCCCCACGCACCCCGACGAGUACGCCGCCGCCCACGACAAGCCGCUGUUUUGUUCGACCGCUCUUAGUGCAGCGGCUCCAUAGCAGAUCCGACGGGCCGCAGCAGCAGCAACAGCAGUCCAACUGUGCCUCGAACCUGUCCUUGGCGAAUCUGUGCGAGAGUGAGCGAGAAGGGGCCGGCGGCGUAGAGAUACUCCUCGCGAAACAGCACCGGCCCAUGCGCGCCAUCGCGUCCAGUCGAUACCCCGGCACCGCUGCAGGUCAGCAAGAGCGGCGGCAACGGCAAGAGGACGCGGCGGAGACAGCCAUGGACGGCGACGCCGCCGUGGAGAAGCUCGCGAGCGUUGCGGCAAAGGAGAAUGACGGAGCGGGUCACAGCAGCAGCAGCACCACCGCCACCAUCACUGGUGGCACCGCCGGGGGGGCUCGAUGUAUAACCAUACAACCCCGCUCAGACCACCACACCGCGGCAGCCCCCAACGGCGCUUCACGUGGCCAAGAAGACAAGAGGCAGGUCGCCACCUGCUCCAUACCAAUCAACUCCGCGUGCCCCUGCGGCAACGCCUUGGUGGCGCCGUCGCCCGCUUCCUACCCCUCUAACCUGUCUGCGAGCACGGCGCGCAGCAGCAGCGCAUCGAGCAGCUUCUACAACGCACCAGCAAGCGGCCCUCGAGCAGCCGGCGCUGGUAAAGGGCACGCAGCGGUUGCAUCACUUUCCCCGCCUGCACUCCCCGAUGGCGCUCCCACAUGCAAUGGUGACGGAAACCCCAGCGGCAGCAGCACCGAGGCCAAGGUUGUCCCCCUGCUGCUGCGCACGUGGCUUUCCGCCCACACUAUCGGCGAGGAGCUCGGCUCCCCGGCCACCUCGCGCUCCACCCCGCAAAACCUCGUGAGCGGGCCGUCCCUCACGAUGCCGCAGGCUCCUCUCGCGACGCUGCCUCCCAGCGGUGCCACAAGCAUGGGCAGCGUCACCCCACUCAGCAGCAACCGGAGCAGUACCCAUCCUUCGUUCAUGCGGCCGCCAAGCGUAGCCUACGCCGGCGGCGAGCAAGGCAGCAUCAAAGUCCCUGGAGGGCUGCGGCAGAUAAGCGGCGGCGGCAAAAGCAAAGGCAGCCCAACGGACGGCAUCGCGCAUGCCGUCAACGGCCGAGUUUUAUGCUCGCCGCACGGCGCGCGGCGGCCAGAUCGUGGUGCCCGCCGCACCACCUUUCAGCGCAGCACCUCCAACCUCUCACUGCCUGAGACCUGCUCAAGCGGCGGCGCGCCGCCGCCGAGUGAUCUCGGUGAGUGGCCCAGCGGUGCGGCGGUGAGAAAGAGCACCGCCUCGGCGCGGCCGCCGCCUUCGUCAAUGCCGAAAGAGAUGCACAGCUUCAUCCUCAGUCAGUAUCGCACCUUUCAGCGCGACGUCCUCUCUCUCCCCCCUCCACCGCAGUCCGUCGACGCUGACGCGACGUUGGUGGACUUCCAGCACGUCAAGAGGGCGACCUGUUCGAAGCACUCCAAGGCGGCCAAGAAGGUGCUCAAGGCACAGGAGGAGGUGCGGCUGCGUGCCCUUCAGCAGCAGCACCACGACAUGGAGGUGAUUCGAAACGGCGGCCGCGAGCAUGUUGGGCAGAACAUGAAGAGCAGCGUGGUGCUGGCCGGCUCUCUGUCGAAGCUUCGAGCGCGCACCCGCUCUAGCCUCGGCAUAAGCGGCGCCACGGCGCUCGGUGCGAGCCCGGCGACGUCCCUCAUUAUAGGCUCACCAGAGGAGUGCAGCGUCACCGCCCUGUACCCCGGAGACGGCUCCGGUAGCGCAACCCCGGAAAAGCAUGACGCGGCGCAGUCGCAGACACCAGAGCCGGAGCGGGAAGCCUGGCACGCGUCCAAGGCCUUCAUGGCAUCGAACGCCCCUGCUGACGCACAGCGGCACGGGCGCCAGUCGCGCAGCGUCAACAAGAAUCGCAUGAAAGGCGAGGAGAUUGUGGUGGCAAUCGCCCUCGACAGCGAAGACGAGGAGGAUGUCGAUGCAAGCACCACGUCGAACGCGGAAACAUGGAGGCGAUCGCGCGUCGACCAGCCGCACCGGAGCGCACACGUCAGUCCCACGGGCCUGCGCACGUUGUCCAGCGACACGGCGGCAAAGUGCGCUGGCGAGCGGCUUGUCUCUCAGCCGCAGCGCCGCAGAGGUGCAGCAGCCUCUAAGGGAUGUGCAGAGCGCCGCGCGCACAGCAGCAGCAGCAGCAGCAAUAAUGAAGAGGGCGGCUUCCCAUGUAAUCAGCAACGCGGCAGCCGCGUGCGUGGCGCGUCGUCCCCGUCCUCCGCGCUGCCGCCGGGGCUCUGCUCACCGUCGGUCGCCUCGAGGUCGGGGUCGCAGGCAUCCUUGUCCACACACGCACUUGAUAGCUCGCACCACCACUCCAAUGCCACCAUGGCUUUGCUGGCGCACAGCUCUUCAGAAAGCGACGACGAAGAAGACGCGGCGGAGGCGUGCUGCCACUGCUGCCCUUGCAAGCGCCCGAAGAACUUCUUCGCCCUCUGCCGCACGAGCAGCCAGAGCGCCGCCUCGCUCGUGUGGCGAGGGGAGAAGCGCAACGUGGCGGCCAGUGCCAUUCAAGAGGAGAAGCCGUCGAGCACGGCCAUAUCAUGCACCAACCCUGACGGCAGCCAAUUUGUGGUGGAGGACUUGGAGGACAGCGACGAGGAUGAGCCGACGCUCUCCAUGCAGAGCUUCCGCCGCGCUAACAUACAACGCAUACGAUGA